AUGCAGGCUUCCCUCCUCCUCACCCCCACCACCCACGCAGGCUUCCCUUCCCCUCAGCCCCACCACCCACGCAGGCUUACCUUCCCCUCAACCCCACCACCCACACAGGCUUCCCUUCCCCUCACCCCCACCACCAACACAGGCUUCCCUUCCCCUAACCCCCACCACCCACACAGGCUUCCCUUCCCCACACCCCCACCACCCACACAGGCUUCCCUUCCCCUCACCCCCACCACCCACAGAGGCUUCCCUUCCCCUCACCCCCACCACCCACGCAGGCUUCCCACAGCCUCACCUCCACCACCACAGAGGCUUCCUACGCCCUCACCACCACCACCACCACGGAGGCUUCCCACGCCCUCACCCCCACCACCACAGAGGCUUCCGCCGCCCUCACCCCCACCACCCACAGACGCUUCCCACGCCCUCACCCCCACCACCCAUGGAGGCUUACCACGCCCUUACCCCCACCUCUCACGCAGGCUUACCACGCCCUUACCCCCACCACCCACGCAGGCUUCCCACGGCCUCACCUCCACCACCCACGCCCUCACCACCAACACAGAGGCUUCCCACACGUUCACCUCCGCCACCAUGGAGGCUUCCCACACCCUCAACCCCACCACCACGGAGGCUUUCCACGCCCUCACCCCCACCACCCACGGACGCUCCCCACACCCUCACCCCCACCACCCACGGACGCUCCCCACACCCUCACCCCCACCACCCACAGAGGCUUCCCAUGCCCUCACCCCCACUACCACAAAGGCUAUCCAUGCCCUCACCCCCCACCACCCACGGAGGCUUCCCACACCCUCACCCCCACCACCCACGGAGGCUUCCCAUGCCCUCACCCCCACCACCCACGGAGGCUUCCCAUGCCCUCACCCCCACCACCCACGGAGGCUUCCCACGCCCUCACCCCCACCACCCACGGAGGGUCCUCUUAAAGUUAGAGCCCCCUUCCCCCUUGCUUCUGUGGCUAUUGCAUUAGUGUUAGACCGGCCCUACUUGUUGGCACACGACAAAGCGGAAGCAAAUAGUCUCAUGUUUGCCACACCUCAGGAGGCGACAAGGGUGCCGCCUAAAGAAGGAAGGGAGAGAACUGAAAAGAGAAGGGACAGGUAUAAUAUUGCCCGUCACCUGGUUGUGGGCGGCGGCCUGGGUCUUGGAAUGGCCCUCAAGACGCUGGCCGUCGCUCACCAUGCCUUUAACAUCUACAAUCCUAAAAACUAA